GAAGAAGCUGAUUUCUAACCGUGCGGACGUGUACAUUAAUUUUAACCGUUGGCGUGCUUUAUUUUUCUCAUCGGAUCAUAUCAACUCUUGUUUAUUAUAAUAUAGGAUUUUUAAGGGAAAAAAUGGCAACCGUUGAGGAACUGAAGCUGCGAAUCCGUGAGUUAGAAAAUGAACUAAUUAAAUCUAAACAGAAGCAAAGUGAUGCUGAACAUCAUCUCAGACCAAAGAUUGUUAAAAUGAGUGCUGAAGUCGUAGACUCAAAUCCAUACAGUCGUCUAAUGGCACUCAAAAGGAUGGGCAUAGUUCAAGACUACGAGAAAAUCCGCUCGUAUGCUGUGGCAGUGGUGGGAGUUGGAGGUGUGGGGAGUGUCACUGCAGAAAUGCUCACCAGAUGUGGCAUUGGUAAGUUGCUGCUGUUUGACUAUGAUAAGGUGGAGCUGGCCAACAUGAACCGCCUCUUCUUCCAGCCACAUCAGGCAGGGCUCAGUAAAGUUGAGGCUGCAGAGCACACUCUUAGGAACAUUAAUCCAGACGUUGCUUUUGAGACCCACAAUUACAACAUCACCACAAUGGACAACUUCACACAUUUCAUGGACCGCAUUAGUCACGGAGGACUUGAGGAGGGGAAGCCUGUAGAUUUGGUCCUCAGCUGUGUUGAUAACUUUGAGGCUCGGAUGGCCAUUAAUACAGCAUGUAAUGAGUUGGGUCAGAUCUGGAUGGAGUCAGGCGUCAGUGAGAAUGCCGUUUCUGGACACAUCCAGCUCAUCAUCCCUGGAGAAACUGCCUGUUUUGCUUGUGCACCUCCCCUCAUAGUGGCUGCAAAUAUCGACGAGAAGACGUUGAAGAGGGACGGAGUGUGUGCCGCCAGUCUGCCCACCACAAUGGGAGUGGUCGCCGGGCUCCUUGUACAGAAUGUCCUGAAGUAUCUGUUGGGGUUUGGGACAGUGAGUUAUUACCUGGGCUAUAAUGCCAUGCAGGAUUUCUUCCCGAGCAUGGCAAUGAAGGCCAACCCACAGUGUGAUGACAGACACUGCAGACGACAACAGGACGAGUACAAGAAAAAAGAAGCAGAGCGGCCGAAGCAGGAAGUAGUACAGGAAGAAGAAGAAGUAGUGGUGCAUGAGGACAAUGAAUGGGGCAUUGAGUUGGUGUCAGAGGUGUCAGAGGCAGAGCUACAGGACGCAUCAGGACCGGUGCCAGAUCUACCGGAGGGCAUUACUGUAGCCUACACCAUACCUGAGAAAGAUGGAGGAUCAGGGGAGACGGUGGAGGAAACAGACCAGAGUUUAGAAGAGCUGAUGGCUCAGAUGAAGAAGAUGUAAGGAAACAACAAGCAAGAGGAAAAUGACAUCCUUGAACUCUCCCAGAGACACUAAAGACAAACUCGUUAUUAUUUUGUACUUAUGCACAUGUAACAUCGGAGGUCUCAUAUUAAAUG